AUAUAUAUAUACAUCGGUACGUGACACGGGAUUGAAUGGUCGCUAAGCCGUGAGGGUUAGUAAAAUCCAUUACUGUCACUGGUAUAGACGAACCCAUGGUGAAUCUCGUGUUUGAAGUCAGACAAACUGAGAACUACGGCUUUAUAGCCAUAUAAUCAUCACCAGUGUCUAUAGGAGAAUGUCCGUGUGUGUUCAUCUAGAAAUCUAUACUGAAAUCUAUAAUUAAGUGCAAUAUCCAUGACAUUUGAUACAUGUGAAAGGUCACGUUGCCCGAACGAAUUAGACAUUGGAUUUAAAAAAUGCCUCUUCGAGAACACCGCGCAUCUUCGUCUAGGAGAUCGCGGAGACGAGAAAAGCGCAGUGUUUCAGAUGAUUCUGAAGAUGAAGGUCGCGCUUUAUUGAGGCGACGUCCGGCGUCGGCGAGCGACCUCCGACUGCCGGAAUAUCGUCAUAACUCAGGCGAUGAAAGGGAGCAGAAAAAAGUUCACCGAAAGGAGAAAAAACUCACACGGAACACUCGAGAGGAGCGGACUCUCGAGUAUGUUAUGAGUAGCGGAAAGUCUGAAGAUCGCCGACCGGCGACCAGGAUUGCUUACCAAAGUGACGGCGAGGAGAACUAUGAUAGCGAGACCGGAAGUGAAGGUACCAUACGCAAAAUGAGGGAACAAAUGCGCUACUACGCAUCACAAAAUACCCAGGCUGCGUCAGACAUGGGCGACCGACGCACUGUGUACUACAACGCGCGUUACCAUGGGCGUCCGAUGUCCGACGUCGGCACACAGCUUGUGCAGUACGCUCGACAUGACAGUGUGCAAGAAAACCGACGCGUCGGCAGACCCGUGUCGGCAUUCAGUGAACAGGUCAUGCGUACCCGGGACGGGGACCGUCUGGUAGAGGUUGAAACAAGAGAGGAGGGCAGCAAGAUUUAUUACAACUAUCGCCUGAAAGAGGCGAAGCCCCCUCCGACCCCAGUUAGACACAUGCGUCAUGUCGGGGUACAGAUGACUACCAAGUACGUUGCGGAGGAACCACUUCCAGUUAAAACUAGGAAUUCCGGCACGCAAACUCCGGCGCCGCCACCCAAACCUCGUCCAAGAAUGAUCGUGGUACCUCGCCCAGAGACGCCUCCCAUGGAGGUCGUGGAACGCGUACCCGCAGUGAUCCCCAAGACUAAGUCGGUGAUGGUUCGCGUGGGAGGAGGAUGGAUGAAGGUUGAGCAUCACCGCAAUCAUCAUAUUCCCGUCAAGGUGUACGAGCAUAACAGACGUGCAAGUGAUGACGACAAGUUUCUUUACAUCAAGUCCCGAUUUGCUAGGAAGAAGAAACAAGUACCCGUAGCUUAUAAAAUGUAUAGAGAGAAAUUGACUCGGACUAAUUAGUGCAUCGCUAACCAAGGAUGUUUAAUACGACG